AAGAAAAUACUUUACCGAGUAUGCUACAAAUACUUUAAUCGCAAUCGAGAAUCUUAACCGUUUCAUUAGAAUUUUGAAUAUGUUUUAAUUGACUUAGUAUAAAGGGAUAUGUAUAUUAUUUUAACAAAAGAAAAAGGUUGUAAGGCUUGUACCCUAACGGUAUUACCGACGGGGUCCGCGGACCAAUGGCAGGCCGGCGAUCUUUACCUGCACCCCGACCGCGUUUAGCGAUCCUUGACGAAUCUCAACAGCUGAUAGUGCACGGCCGACCGUCGUACAAACUGCUAUGAAACAAAUCCAACCGCUGUUUGUGCAUCGUUAAUUACAUAUUGACAUUUUGUUUUAGUUUCCUGUUCUGUGAUUAAAUCAUGAAAUCGUUUAGUUUACUCAAAGUGGUUAAGAAAGUUGUUGAUUUUUUUAUACUAACAUUGACAGAUGAUUUCGGAUCCCCGGAGGUAACAUUUGAUAAGCAUCUUGUGUUCGUUUUUUACUUUUUUGUAAAAUACAUGCAUUCAAUUUUGAAAAUUUGAAUUUCGCGAACAAAUACAUUGAAAGUGAAGUGCCAGGUCUGCAGAAACAUCUAUUGAGUAAAACGUGGUUGCAACAAUUUUGACUCGUACAAAUACAGCGCGGGGAAUGUUUGAUAUUUCAUGAGCGUUUCCGUUACGUUGCGCCGUACGUCGCCUCGGCUGACAACAUUGUGCCGAUACAGACGUAUCCAUUGUGAAGCUGAGCACGAGUUGCACUCAGUUUGAACGGCGAAAUCAAUAAAUAACACUAUGAAACACCAGACAGAGAUAAAGAACGACGAACAAAUAAAAUUUGUUUACAUUAUAAUGAUAAGAAGACACGAAGAGUAGUCAUGAUUUAGAGCUAUUUUACAGCACGCUUUUGUGCACGAUCGUGCUAUGAACAGAUAAGAGUAGACUUGUUAGUGAUUAUGCUAGAUUUAUCAAGAUUAAGAUUGACCCGAAGCUUCACAUGCGAUAGCCAAAGUGUGAUGAUUAAUAACAAGUACGCGUGGAGUUCUCAGUGCGCGCACGCAACGCAUUGUUCACCCACUAACCCAUUUACUGAGCGCGUAUUGACAGAAUUGUCUUGGCGCUCGGGCUCGACAUUCGGAGAAAGGAAUCGCAUACAUCUACCGCAGAAAAACCAGAUUCUUUUUAUUUAAUCGACUAAAGUUCUUACUUGCUUUACUUAACAUUAGGAAGAUAAGCAAUAGGCUAAAGUAGUUUCGAAUAUGUUUUUGGGGUCAUCUCAUUUUGACGUGUAUGUGUUAAAUAUUAAUACCACCUUGACAUGGUUUUCAAAAUUGAAAACAUAAUUCGGUUUUUAUAGUCGUUAUCAUAUUGAAGACAAACAUUAGAGAAGUCCAUUCGAUGUACACAAAUAUCUCUUUAGGUGUAUAUAAAGACGCGUAUUAAAUCGCGAAGCAGCGGCUAAUGCGACGAAAUGCGCACGCGGCGGCACCUCGGAGUGCGCGGGAGGGCGCUCCCACGGGUUGCCGAUAUUUUUAGUCCACGACCAUUACUUGGCACCGACGGCCGCACUCGCCUGCGCUACUGAUCUUUCUAAAAUCCCGCCAGCGCGGCGGUACGCUCCCGGUUCAGAGUACGCCCAGUAUAACAUCCGCCGGCAAACCGUACGCCUCCGGCACAACUCCACUGCCGGCCCCAUGAAAACAUGUAACACCCACUGCGUGUUGAAUUAUGAUGGUGGAAAAAUGUUAUGUGAUGUGUAUACCCCGGUUAAAGUGAUUCGGUGUUGUAAUUAGUGAGUGCGUAGAGAUGGCAGGCGCGAGCGCAGGUGGCGCCGGCACGACCAGCCCGCGGCGUCAGCGCUACGGGCGCUCAUCCACCUCGAGCGUGACUCAGCUACUGUCGGAUGGCUACUCCAGUUUCAUAAACCGACUGACGAGGCGCGGACCAUCGGAGAAAAACGACGCCGUCAUCGAUACUAAGCUCCACGCCGCGCGAACUCGUUACGACGACAAAAUACUAGCUAAAAACUCGACACUCACCAACGUUCGUCGGUAUGAUAACAAUAGCCAUAUCUCUCCUUACACGUCUCUCACGUCCGGAUUGUCCAGCUCUAUGCGGAAAUUGAACGACGAGCGAGCGUAUCCAAGCUACCUCGCGGCGACCAAGCCUCGUAUCGAUACAUCACCUUUACACACUAGCUCCGGUAUUAGCGCUCUCGCUCGCAGUGACUCAUUCCGCAGAGCACAUUUGAAAGACAAUCAAUCAUCGCCGUUCACCAAACGAUACCCUCUCAAGGAAGCAAACAACAAUAAUAUAGAUCCUACACUUAUGCUUGGCAGCACGCGCAGUCGUUUGGAAGAUAAGUAUUCCUCUGUGCUGGAUAAAAUUGCGAUACAGAAAAAAGAAAGAGCUCGGAAAGAGAAGGAGGAUCGCGAUAAAACUCUGGAACCCGAGCCGAUAGUGCCCCGGGGCCUGAUGAGAAGCCUCACGACUGCCGUGUUCGGUGAAAAUUCUUUCAAACGGAACAUAUAUUCGCGCGAAAAGACGAGAGAUAAAACCCCCUUCAGAAAUACGGCCGAUCGACGAUUAUCGUCGGGACAUAAACACAUCGAUAGGAACGACAUCAAAAAUGGCUUCGAUGUCUCAAUCAGAGAUCGUCUCGGGAAGGACAGAGAUAGCGUUUAUCGUCGACAUCAAAGAAGAUCGCUUCGAGCGGAAAAAAGUGACGAGAAAAGAGGUGGAAAGUUAUCGUUGCGCCCCGUCGAUAUUAACAUACAGCCGGCGGCGCGCGACCUCGUGUCGCCCCUGCAGCAAGGCGGCGAGAGCAAGCCUCACGCGACCAGAACCCCGGCUUCUUCGCCUGCCAGGGAGGCCGGGAGGCAGAAGCAGAUUUACUUCCCGUCCAGCGACGAGGACGACGACAAGACACCCGUAGGCGACCGCGCGCUUACCGAACGCGAAACUAGACGAAAAGAAAUACAAAGUCUCAUCAUGAAGUACGCACAUUUAGACGAGGUGUACGGCCGUAUAACGGAGAAGGAGACCAACGGCGCGAACCCUGUAGGGAACUCGGCGAUCAGGCCGGAGCCCUUGGGCGUGGGCGACGUGGUAGCGCUGCCGCCUGAGUUGCGCGCGCGCCGACGCCCGCAGCGGCCACGGCACCUGCUGCGGCGCGCCGCCACGCCGCCUAGCUCCCGAGCGCGCUCCUCCGUCAAGGACGACAAGGACGGACACCUGGUGUACUGGCCCGGAUAUGUCAUGGGAGCGAGAUAUAAGAUCAUCGACACUCUCGGUGAGGGCACGUUCGGAAAGGUGGUCGAAGUCAAGGACUUAGAAAUGGAGCACAGAAUGGCUCUUAAAAUAAUAAAAAACGUUGAAAAGUACAGAGAGGCUGCAAAGUUAGAGAUUAAUGUAUUAGAAAAGUUGGCAGAAGUUGACCCCGACUGUAAACAUUUGUGUGUAAAAAUGCUGGAUUGGUUUGAAUAUCACGGACACAUGUGUAUAGCAUUUGAAAUGUUGGGACAAAGUGUAUUUGACUUUUUGAAAGACAACAACUAUCAGCCUUACCCGCUGGAGCAGGUGCGGCACAUCUCCUACCAGCUCAUAUACAGCGUGCUCUUCCUGCACGAGAACAAACUAACUCACACAGAUCUCAAGCCGGAGAACAUCCUGUUUGUGGACAGCGACUAUGAGGUCGUCAAUGUAUAUAAUAGUAGUAAGAAGACACAUGACUUGUUGCGUGUAAAGCGCAGUGACGUGCGGCUGAUUGACUUCGGCAGCGCCACCUUCGACCACGAGCACCACAGCACCAUCGUCUCCACCAGGCAUUACCGCGCGCCUGAAGUCAUACUGGAGCUGGGAUGGUCGCAGCCGUGUGAUGUGUGGUCCAUCGGCUGCAUCAUGUUCGAGCUUCAUCUCGGCAUCACGCUCUUCCAGACGCACGACAACCGCGAACACCUCGCCAUGAUGGAGAGGAUCCUCGGACCCAUACCCUACAGAAUGGCUCGUAAAACGAGAACAAAGUAUUUCUACCACGGCAAAUUGGACUGGGACGAGAAGUCCUCCGCGGGACGGUACGUCAGAGAAAACUGCAAACCUUUGUUGAGGUACAUGCAGAGCAACAACGAGGAGCACCGGCAGCUGUUCGAGCUGAUCGCGCGCAUGUUGGAGUACGAGCCCGCGCAGCGCAUCACGCUCAGGGAGGCGCUCGCUCAUCCCUUCUUCAGCAAACUGCCGCACCAUCAGAGGCUCGGCAAUGACCGCGCGCGAUGCAAUGGCGAGAGUUCCCGCGAGCGCUCGCACUCGCUGAGCCGGUGAGCAGCCCGCGCGCCCCCGCGUGCUAUCCGCGUAGCACCCGCGUGCCAGCCACGUGCCAGCCACGCCUGUGCAGUGAUAUAUACGUUACGGACAAUUUAACUAAGCUAGGAAAUAUUUUGUUGUGAACCAUUUCUUCUCAAUUUGUAUUUAUAAAUAAUAAUGUAUGUAAUAAAGGCUGUAUC